AUGGGCGACCCGGACUAUAAGUACCGCCUGCUGGGACCCCCGGUGGACGCCGAGGAGUUCCGGAAGCGUCCGCUGCUGCUGCAGGUGGACAGCACUCUCAUGAGUCUGUUCGCCGUCCUGGAGGUGCGGCGUGAGGCUCCCCGGCGGCGGUGGGGGGGCCUCGGGUUCAGGCAGACCCGGGUCUACAGCCUCCUGUUCGGUCUGGCGCUGGUGUUCCUGAUCGCUGCCUCCUACGUGUUGGCGAGCGACCGGAGCGGGCUGAUGCUGGCGCCGUGUCGCUUCGGGAACGUGGCGAGCGCGGCGGCGAGCGCUACGGUGAGGGACUACAAGCAGAUGAAGCUGGUGGUGAAAGCCAUAGAGGAGAGAGUGGACUUCAGCAGCAACAGGAGGAAACCCAACCUCAGAGAACUCAUGGACAAAGAACCACAUCUGUUCUCUGUGGUCCCUCGCCGGUUCCUUCCUGGUCUGAAAAACCCUUGCUGGUUCCAGGAUUACCGUGGGAACAGCAGCGUCGACGACCCAUAUCAUAGCAAUCUGUACAGUCGGUACUCGCGCCGCUUCCGGUCCGCCUUUCAGCAACUGCGCGCCUCGUUCAGGGACCACCUGGUGCGAGACCAGGGGAGGCGGCUGCGACUGCGCUGCCUGCCGUACUUCUACAUCAUCGGUCAGCCCAAGUGCGGCACCACAGACCUGUACGACCGACUGCGGCUCCACCCACAGGUGCAGUUCACCACCUUCAAGGAGCCGCACUGGUGGACACGCAAGAGGUUUGGUCUGAUCCGUCUGAGCGAGCGCCGAGACCGGUUCCCUGUGGAGGACUAUCUGGACCUGUUGGACCAGGCGGCUCACCAGAUCCAAGACCAGAACUGGACUGAGGCUGGAGCCACCGGGAGAGAUAUCAUCAUUGGAGAGGCCAGUGCCUCCACCAUGUGGGAUAAUAACGCCUGGGUCUCGGUCUACGACAACGUCACAGACGGUGAACCUCCGAUCCUCGUCCAGGACUUUGUGCACGCCCUGCAGCCAAAAGCACGAGUCAUCGCCAUGUUCAGGGACCCAGUGGAGAGACUUUACUCGGACUAUCUUUACUUCGGAAUCUCCAACAAAUCAGCCGAAGAUUUCCACGACAAAGUGUCAGAGUCACUGCUGCUAUUUCAGAGUUGUGUGUCGGACUCCGGCAUCCACUCGUGUGUUUACAACUCCACUGUCAACCAAGCCAUGCCAGUGCGCCUCCACAUUGGUCUGUACAUAGUCUUCCUGCUGGACUGGCUCUCUGUGUUCGGUCCAGAGCAGAUUCUGGUGCUGAGGCUGGAAGACCACGCCCACCACACCAGAGAGACCAUGGACCGGGUCUUCAGCUUCCUCAGUCUCGGUCCUCUGUCUGAGCAGCUGGAGUCGAACAUCACCCGAAUCCCUGCCUCCAACACUCGGCGUGCGGCGGACAGGACCCUGGGCCCAAUGUUGCGUCGCACCAGAGACCUGCUCCGGAGCUUCUACCGCCCUUUCAACCAAAGACUGGCCAACGUUUUACACAACAACUCCUUCCUCUGGGAAUCCUGA